AUGCUAGAACUGAUUUACAUACCACCACUUUUAUGCCUACUUUACUUCCUUUUGCGUCGUUUCGUCCUGGAAAACUUCUACGUGGAAUCAAGCGGCAAGUAUGUGUUGAUAACCGGUUGUGACAGCGGUUUUGGACGUCGUCUCGCAAUACAGCUUCUUGAUAAGCGUGUAAAUGUAUUUGCUGCAUGUUUCACACAACAAGGAAUCUCCAGUCUUCAAAACGAGUGGAACCUCAUAAAAGGAGCAAAGGGACAUUUGUACACUAUCCAAUUGGAUGUUACCAAUCAAGCCAGUGUGGAUGCAGCUAAACAAUUCGUUGUGAAAGUUCUCGAUGAGCAAAAAGCGAAACUGUGGGGACUUGUGAAUAAUGCAGGAAUCUUCUCAAUCCAUGGGCCCGAUGAUUGGUGUAGUGUAGAUGAAUACUCAACUUCUCUGAAUGUUAACACGCUUGGAGCUGUUAGAAUGUGUCAUGCAUUCGUUCCUUUGGUUAAGAAAAGUAGAGGAAGAGUUGUCACGAUGGGGUCAACUGCUGGUAGACUUCAUGGCUUAUACGUGGCUCCAUAUGUCACUGCGAAGUUUGCUGUGGAGGCGUAUAUGGACUGUUUGAGAUUGGAGAUGAGACAGUAUGGAGUGUCAGUUCAUAUUUUGGAGCCAGGAUGUUUCAAGACGGAAUUAUUGAAUCAGGAUGCACAGAGAAUGAGAAUUCAAAGAAUUUGGAAUAACUUGUCAGCAGAGACUAAAGAGGAAUAUGGAGAGGAUUACAGAAGAAAUUUCGAAACUGCCUGGGAAUCUGGUGUUAAUGUCGUUGCUAAUCCAAACAUCGGAUGGGUGGUUGACUGUUACUCUCAUGCUCUCUUCUCCUGGUGGCCACGUCUCCGCUACUGUCCGGGAUGGGAUGCUAUCUUCAUGUUCAUCCCAUUGAGUGUCUUCCCAACAGCUCUUCAAGACUGGAUCCUGGCUGGCCUCUAUCGUUUGAGCCCUGGACCAUCCUUGACUCCAGCAGUGUUGGUGAAGAAUAAGAAGCGAAGAACACCAGUCCAAUGGAUUCAAUUUCUGUCUCAACUCGCCAUCAUUCCUCUUCUCUACACCAUCUUCUUUGUGAAAAAUACUCAGAAACAGACUGUGGAGACAGCUCAUCCACAUAAUGUAACCGUUACGGAGUGA